UGACUAUUACGUAAAUGGUACAUCAGAUAAACGGUAUUAUGCACUUGGACCAAUAGAAACUCAUUACGCUCAACCUUUGAUAAGAAAAAAAACUUUAAAACGUAAUGAAUUCGGUGGUUAUCACCUUAAGCAUAAACUAAAAGACUUGAAAAAAAGAAAAAAUCAAGAAAAUCAACGGAACGAUAUACAACAAACGAAAAAGGAUUGGGAAAUUCCAAGAAAACUUUUACACACUUCCAUAGUAUCAAUUGCUGAUGCAUUACGAUUCAAUAGUAACACAUUUAAUAACCUUUAUAUCAAAGUAUUGGGAUUUUUGAUGCGAGAAUCUGAAAAAUAUGACAAAAUAAAUGGAGUAGUAUAUUAUCUUGCAGGAUGUAUCGGCGCGUUGUCAUUAUUUCCGAAGGACAUUGCAGCACUAUCAAUACUCAUACUAUCAUGGUGUGACACUGCCGCAUCGUUCAUCGGUAGAAAAUAUGGACAUUAUACCUAUAGAUUCAGUAACGGUAAAUCUUUGGCGGGUACACUCGGAGCCAUUACAGUUGGGUCAAUGGCAGCAUUAUUAUUUUGGGGAGGGGGAUUACGAUUUCAUAAAAUCGAGGUUGAAAAUUGGAUACCAGAUAAAAGUAUAUUAUCAUUACCAGCACUAUGUUUGUUAACGGGAAUAAUUAGUGGGGUUAGUGAAUUAAUAAAUUUGGGAGGAUUAGAUGAUAAUCUUGUAAUUCCUUUGGCAUCAGGAUCUUUAUUAUGGGUGACAUUAGUUGGGUUAGGACUAGGAGGGUCAGGUUACUGA